GCGCAGCUCUGACUGGGGCAGGUUGGCGGCGGUUGCCGCGGUGGUGACAAGAGAGUGGCCUGGUCCCUACGACCCGGGGCGGAGCUCUGCGAUCCAAGUGCUCGGCUCCCCAAGCGAGGUGGGCGGGCGGCUCGGGACCCUGGCCAGGGCCGGCAUGGAGCGGUGGCGUGACCGGCUGGCACUGGUGACGGGAGCCUCGGGGGGCGUCGGCGCGGCCGUGGCCCGAGCUCUGGUCCAGCAGGGACUGAAGGUGGUGGGUUGUGCCCGCACCGUGAGCAACAUAGAGGAGCUGGCUGCUGAAUGUAAGAGUGCAGGCUACCCCGGGACUUUGAUGCCCUACAGAUGUGACCUGUCAAAUGAGGAGGACAUCCUCUCUAUGUUCUCGGCGGUCCGCUCUCAGCACAGUGGUGUGGACAUCUGUAUCAACAACGCUGGCUUGGCCCGGCCUGACACCCUGCUCUCAGGCAGCACCAGCGGUUGGAAGGACAUGUUCAAUGUGAACGUGCUGGCCCUCAGCAUCUGCACCCGGGAAGCCUACCAGUCCAUGAGGGAGCGGAAGGUAGAUGACGGGCACAUCAUUAACAUCAACAGCAUGUCUGGCCACCAAGUGCCACCCCAGUCCGUGGCGCAUUUCUACAGUGCUACCAAGUACGCUGUCACUGCGCUGACAGAGGGGCUGAGGCAAGAGCUUCGGGAGGCCCAGACCCACAUCCGAGCCACGUGCAUCUCUCCAGGAGUGGUGGAGACACAAUUCGCCUUCAAACUCCAUGACAAGGACCCUGAGAAGGCAGCUGCCACCUAUGAACACAUGAAGUGUCUCAAACCUGAGGAUGUGGCCAAGGCUGUCAUCUAUGUCCUCAGCACCCCGCCACACGUCCAGAUCGGAGACAUCCAGAUGAGGCCCACGGAGCAGGUGACCUAGUUUCCUGUGGGGAGCUCCUCCUUCCCUCCCUGCCCCUCAAGGCUUGGCACCUGCCUCUGGAUUUGGGGUGUUGGUUCCUGGACCCUUGGAUUCCACUUCCUUUCUCCACCCCCAGCAGGGGCUAGAAAACUUGUUUGCGGUUUCAUAUAAUCUUGUCAAAUUGUUUCCACCGAAUUUGAAAAAUGGGCAGGAGAGGAGGUGGUGUCCCUGAUUGUUCUCCCUGCUGAUUCAUUCGUGGGCUCCUUCUUGGGCUCCUUGGCCUUUGUUUGCUGUCCUUGGUCUCUUCCCUUUGACCUGGGAAAGGGGCUGUGGCCAAAAGUGGGGCUUUCCCCUAUCUUCUUGCACCCCACCCCUGUCCCUUCAGGAUGAGGCGGCAGAGGGAAGCCCUCACCUUCCAUCUGAAUGGCUUUUGGGGCUCUGGGCUUCCUCCUUUCCCUGCAUCCCACCCCCCACCGCAUCUCUUCCCCAUCCCAGUUCUCCAGCCCCACUGUGGCUUCUCAGCCCCCGUUGGGGUCCUCACUCCACUCUGGCAGCAGAGUACCAGGGCCUGCCUCCCAUGUGGGUUUCACUGUGAUCAUUAAAAAA